AGGCGUUUCCCCGCCCAAUUUAAUUUCACUACCAAUUUCUCUCUUUUUGGCUGACCUGGCGUUAUUAUAAUAACUUUAUUCCCUUCUUCUCAGAUGCAGGCGCGCGCGUAGACGCUGAUUUACGAAAAUGUCGGAAAAGAGACCUAUUAAGCGACUUGUGGUGUUAGUAGAUGGAGUUGAAGCUCGGGAAACCAAGAAGGAGACGAACCCUUCAACGAUUCAAAGGAUCAACCAAUUGGUACACAAUGGGCUGGUUGAGUCGAAUGGAGUUUCUGUUGCACAGAUUCCCAAGUAUUAUGUUGCACCUAGCAGUGUUGUCAAGUUGAGCGACAGGUUCCGAUCACGGAGCACUACAACUGAUGACUCGACAAACCUCAUCAAGACCAUUGUCAAGGAUGUCUGUCUUACACUUGAGCGGCCAGAAGAUGAGCUCUGGUUAUACGGAUCUGGACACGGGGCCUUCAUCGCUCGCGCAGUUGCUGGCAUCGUGCAUCGAAUGGGCUUACCAAGAACGCAGGCCUUCGAUGAGCUGUUUGAUACGGCUCUUGGCCUGAUCAAGGCUCAACUUGAGGAUGAUUUCAAGCGAGGACCUCAGCUACUGCAGAAGAUCAAAAGUGAAGCGCAAGAGCCUCCCCGGAUACCGUUUGUUGGUCUUUUCGACACCAUCAUUCAUAACUCAAAGACAUCUUACGACAUCUCAUUCAACCCUUCUAUCGAAACUCUUCGCCACGCGCUGGCUAUCAACGACAACAGAUCGAACAAGACACCAGAAGUGGUUAAUAUUCCAGACGACGCAGACAUGACACAUCGUUCACUUAUUCAAGCAUGGUUCUUAGGCACUCAUGAAGAUAUGAUUGGUGGUACAGCCCACGACGGCCUUUCACUCUAUCCGCUCCAGUGGAUGGUUUUGGAGAGUAUAUACUCUGGUCUGCGUGUUAACAACAUGGGCGAUUCAAAAGCCAGCGAUAAUCCCAUGGCUCUGAUCUUCCCUCAGUACGCUGGCAACCUCCCGCCCCUGGACGGAUCGGAAGAGAUUGAAUGGCGCAUUCAAUACACCAACGGACUUCGGACAAGCAUGUUCGACCUCCAGAGCACGCAUGCAAAGAAACCGGCAGCCGGUGUUGAGAUUCACUCUAUCAAACUUGAUACGGAUUGCUACAAACAUGCAGCAAACCGGAAAGUCUUUGCUGCAGAUGGAAGCUUGAAAGGAUGGUGUGACGUUGGACCGUAUGGAAACAUGAUACACCCCUCACUAUUCUGCAUUCUCGAUAGAUACCCCCGAUACAACGACCUGAAGAAUUUCCAACUGCUCAAGAAACCAAUCUCCGACUUCCAAGACUCGUAUCUCGUUGCUGAGGAAAACGGGCUAGCUCCAUGGCUUCAGGACAUGCAGCUUGAGGCAAGUGGCGUCAAAGCCUUCCGAAUCCUUGUUUGUGGCAAGACUGGAGUCGGCAAAUCGACAUUGAUCAACAAAGUGUUUGGUGUUGAGAUGACCGACGAGUCUCUUUCGUAUGAUCAGGGCGUUCAUGACAUUAACGUUGCGUUCGAGUCACCCAAGCAUCCGGGACUCUUGAUUCAUGACUCAAGGGGUUGGCAGGCUGGUAGUGACACUGAGCUUGAGUUGAUCGCGAAGUUCCUUCGGCACAGAGCUUUUCAGGAAGACCCCGCCGAAGCUCUUCACGUCAUUUGGUUCUGUGUUGACGCCGACGUUGCACGUAUUGAAGAAGCCGACAAGCGAACCUUUGCCACCAUCGCCCAAUACUCCCACCAAGUCCCCGUUUUCGUUGUUGGAACAAAGAAGGAUAAACUCACGGGCUAUCGCAAGAUGCAGUACCUAGAGGAACUCAUGGAGAAAACAGAUGAUUACAAAGAAGCCAAGCGGCUCGCUGAAGAGAAAGCCAAUGCUGUUGCCGAGGAACAGUUCGCUGAGCUGAGAAAUCAGCUCUCGCAGAUCGAGCACUACAAAGCCGAUGGCUUCUGCUGUCUCUCAAAGAAUGAUGACGCCGGAGUAAAAGACCUCCUCUCCCAAACCCUCGGCCUCAUCGUCGACGAACGCGUACGUCUCUUUUGUGUUGCCGCUCAAGUCGUUGAUGUUGAACAGAAGAUCAACUCAGCGAUAACAGAGUGCAUGAGACUAGGGACACACGCAAUCCGCACCGCCGCCGUUCCCCUCCCCUGCACAGGCUUGGUCGGAACACCUACCGUCUCACGGCUCAUCUGCGAGCAUGUACUCCAAUGCUUCGGUUUCCCCAAAGCUGCGCCAGCAGAGAUCGAGCAGAUCAUGUCAGAUAUCGUCAUGAGCAACUUUAAACAGUACCUUAGAGUUUCUCUGUCGCAAUUUGCGGCUGUUAGUGCUAUUUCGGUGGGUGUUGCGGUGCCGACUCUGGGAAUUGGUAUCAUUGUUGGUGCUGCGGGUUGUCUGUUGGGACUUCCUCCUACCGCGAGGAUGUUGCUCAAGUGCUCGUGCGAUAUGAUUCUCAUUCUCGAGCGGUCGUUUCGAUAUGAUGGAAAGUAUGUUUCUAUCAAGCAGAUCGAAGAUGCAGCGAAGUACUACUCGAAAACGACAAUCACGACGUUCAAUGGAAAGGAGAAGCGGUUGCAACAGCAAGUCCACGAUGAACUGGACCAGCUCAUUCCACUGAAGAAGGUCAACAUUGGCUUCAAGUUCAACAAAUUGAGAUCAUCUAUUGAAGAGAUUAUCUAUAGCAAUCGUUUUGGCAAUCCUCCAGACUACACUUCUCUGCGAAGCCCUUCCAGCGUAGGUCUGGACUUACAGCCAGGAGGACCUGUCGAGAUGGAUGCCGCGCCUACCAUCUCAGAGUUGCCUGGCGAUGAAGUCGACUACUCGCAGUUAUCGAAGUCAGACGAGAAGUCUGAUGAGAAGCUACCAGUUCUCGAGCUUGACUCAACUGAAGUCGGCGCAAAAGAAGGACAUCUUUCAAUGACAUCGAAUAUUUCGGGAACAACCGCCCAGACUGGUCCUUCGCUUGCAAAUAAACUUGUCGAGCUUCACGUUCAGCCGCCUGAACUCGAGGGCAAUGCGCCGGGUGAAGCGAGACAAGACUCGUUAGAAGUACCCCCGCCGGCGACAAGAAGUAAAUCCGACUCCUCUGGGUCUCGAUGGUCGAAUAAGCUGUCAUCGUGGAAGUUGAGUCGGAAGUCGAAGACGCUAAAACAAUGAGUGAGUGGAGGAUCUGGUUUCUGCUGUUCGUUUUGAUUUUGUUGGAGAUACCAUAAUGUCGGAUCAUCGUAGAAC